GAUUGGGUUAAUAAAUUGUCCUCCAUUUCCCCCACAUUUUCAGGUUCCCUUGGUGGAGGUGUGCUGUGCCUGUGGUUUUCUUGUGUGCAAUAUGUCUGGUCUUGGGUGACACACCAACUUAAGCAUAGACCAAUUCGAAAAGAAGCCGUAAUGGAUGAGGACGAAUAUAUCCGGAAGGAAAAGCGGCGUGAACAGAAAGCAAAAUGGGCCAAGAAGAAAAGAGAUGCACUGAGAAUUGUUUCUGUCCUAGAAGAAGUGAGGAGAAGGCCACUCUGUGCUGAUGCCCCUGGAAACAGUGCUCCCGGCCCCUCAAAUCCUGUCAAUGAUGUAUCCAGUCCAGUAAACCUUGAUUCAUGUGAUGGCACUUCUGAUGAAGAGGGCAGUACUGAUCAUGCCGUACAUGUGGAGGUCGAUGAAGAAACUGUGACCGAGGAUGAAUUAUUUGAGAGACAGUUGCAGGAAAUCUUUGGAGACUCUUCCCCUAAUCCAACAAACAGAGUUUAUAACGCUUCUGAAACAGGAAGUCCUGAUGGUAAUGCAUAUAACUACAGCAGCACUUCUGAUGAAGAUGGUGAUAAUGAAGAGGGUGAUGAUGUCACUGCAAAACCUAACGGCAAUAUUCGCAGUUCCGCGAGCCCUGGUUACGACACUCCUGGUCCCGCGAGCCCUAGUUACGACACUCCCGGUCCCGCGAGCCCUGGUUAUGACACUCCCGAUCCUGCGAGCCCUGGUUACGACACCUCCUAUUUACCUCUUUUACUAAUGACCUGUGCAUAG